UAAGGAGGGGCUAGACAUGAUGGGUGAUACAGAAGUAAAGGAAAUAAAUAAAAUGGGGGGAAAAAUAAAGAAACUGGAUAAAAGCAGUUUACGGCUUUGACUGUUGAGCGCAACCAGCGCCACCCUGUGGACGCAGCAGAAUUGUAAUCUAGACACCCGAGUGAAUCACCCAUGCACAUAGGUGGCAGUGUGUUUUUAUCCAUACUGAGGACUAUCGUCGGACUGCUAAGAAAGGGGGUUGAUGGUCAAAUGAUACCAACAAUGUCAGGCUAAUUGCCAAUAAAUAAACAAUCGACCACUACUGGCUGAUGCAAAGCUUUUACAAGUUGGCAUCGAAGCGCCAUCUCAGACUACAUUUAAAAGAUGUCAGAGGCCCUCAUCCUCACCUUUCAGUCCCAGCUCUCCAGCCUGUUGGAGACUGUCCUCAAGUCAGCCAUGUACGAGAUCACUAGGCUGGUGGAGGACAGCUUCUUAGAGGAAAUGGGCCGUGGCAGGCAGGAAGUCGAGAUGCUGCGGUUGAAACUACAGCUAUCUGAGCUCAAACUAAGGGAAAAAGAGCGUGAAAAAGUGAAGCGGGUGAGGUGUGUAAACUGUGGAAAAGCUAGCGCCUCCAGUGACGGAACACACAAUGAGCCACAAACAGAGGCCGACACCCUCUGCCUGAGCCUGAGUGUCCGUGAGCAGCGCCAGUGUGGACAACUGUGUGAAGAAGAGGAGUGGAGCUCCAGAGAGAUACGCGAUAGCAAGCCUUGUGUAGCCCCUUCCUAUGUAAACAAUAAGGGGGACAGUCAAAGCCUGAGUUUGUCAUCUCCAUCUUCAACACCAGACAAGCAGUGGACAUUGCAGAGCCCCAUUUCAACUGCCGGAUCUGCCAUAAACCAGGAGAUUGAUUCCCUCUCUGGUGCCAAGCACAAAAACAGACAUGCAGCCGACCCUGGUGGGGUGGUCUCCUCGCCCCACAUCAGAGAGAGUGUUCAGGAAUCACAGGCAGCACAGACAAGCCUGCACGCCACGUUAGCAGUACCAGGCAGCAGCUGCCACAGUAGCACCAGCAGUGACUUGGUCCCCCCCUCUGCUUUCCCUGAUCUGAAGUCGGAGAGCGACUCGGCAGCUCCGUUUCUUAUUAAGGAGGAGGAAGAGGCCUUGCCGGUGUGGAACCCCAGUCAUGAGGAGGAAGAGCUUUGUCAGGACAUGGCCAAUCCACCAGAGACACACUCCAGCGUGCCCUGGAACCAGGAGGAGAUGCAGGUAGAGACCCUUAACAAUAUCUCCCCUCUUGUCUCACAGGAGACAGACGCGUUCGUCAUGUCAUAUUCUGUUAAGCUGGACACACUGGCAUCACAAACCGGGCAGGUCCAGCCCCUGCUGUUCAGUCCAGCAAUGGCAGAUUUGACUGACAAGUCAGUUGGAUCUGAUUUACAGGUUCAGGGCGUUGUUGGAUACACCACUCCCAACAACAGCUUGGUGUUGAGUGAAAACUCACCCGUGUCCCGACCACAAGGCCUCCGUGAAGAGAGGGCCUUUGGCUGCUCUAUUUGCCCAAAGAGAUUCUCGACAUAUAAGUAUCUGAAAGCGCACCAGAAGCUCCAUACUGAAAAGCGCCACCCAUGUUUGCAGUGCGGGAGAGGGUUUCAGCACCUGUGCCACCUGAAGGCCCACAUGCUCACUCACACGGGAAAGAAGCCAAUUAACUGCCCCCACUGCGACAAAAGCUUUGUGUAUAACUUUGAGCUAAAGAUCCACCUUAGGCAGCACUCAGGCGAGAAGCCCUACGUGUGUGCGCACUGCGGGAAAGGCUUCGCGCGGCUGAGCAACUUCAAGCAGCACCAGAACAUCCACACGCGAGAGAAAGUGUACGGCUGUGCCUUCUGUGGCAUGAGGUUCACACGCUCGAGCAACCUGAGGGUCCACCUGCGGCGGCACAGCAGUCCGAGCGACUCCUGUCUGUAAUGUGGCUGAUCUGAAGGAGGCCUGUUGACCAAGCAGAGACUGUGUCAGACUUCAAUAAAGAAAUAAUGAAUUAAUAAACCACAUUAAUAAGGACAUUUUCAAGUUCCACUCAGUCAGGCCCUUCAACGCCAUAGUGCAUUGUGGACAACUUCUUUUAUAUGCAUGUGGUCAUGUAGAUCAGCCAUCUGGGUACAUUCACAGCAAAUGUGAUUUAAAAGAAAGCUGAUUCAUAAAUGUCCAGAGAAUUGAGAAUUGUAAUGAUAAAUUAAAGUUUUUUGUGUGAUGAACAAGUGUUACAAUUCUGAAAAGACACUCUUACACAGGGUAGCCUUAAUCUGAGGUUUGUGUGAGAUAUUCAUUAAACCAAUUUAAAUGUCUCCACAUUGUAUCAGUGUCAAUGGUACGUGGUUGGAAUGUCUGCUUGUUUGAAAUAGCAUUCAUGUAGGACUUGUCGAGUGCAACUUACACAAGAUGGGCACACUUACACAUGUAUGGAGUAUACCUACUGAAGUUAUUCAAAAUGUCACAAGAUGGGCAAAUAGUCAAGAGGUCAAAAGGAGACCAAAAAACAGACAGAAGACAUUUAGUAGUGUAGCCAGACAAAUUCUUAUACAGUCCCAAGUAUGGCAGAGGGCCUGCUAUAGCAGAAAUAUUGAGUGGGGCCCUAUAACAGCUAAGAUCAUAUCAGCAAUGCCACAGCUCUCUGGCAGGGAAAUGGAAGUGAUUGUACGCUGCACUAAAAUGCUCCAUAACAGAAGAGACUAUCUGAGGAGGAGAGCAAAGGAUUUUUCAAUGGAAAGAAAUCAGUUGUCAACAAACAGUGGCUAUAGUGCUAACUAAUGCCAAAUUAAAUGUAAAACAGGGACAUUUUCAGUGUGCUGGGAAAUCAAUGAAUAAAAUUAUGUGUUGCUGAAGUAGAAGAUUGCUGGUGAUUAAUAAGUGGAGUUUUGUCAACUUUCUAACCUGUUCCACUAUUAAUAGAUGUAUAUUGUUGGGCUCAUCAGUUAAGAAUAAUAAAUGUCAUUCACCCCCAAA